GAAACGAGAAGUCUGAUUGGUUGAUGCAACAAAUCGAGCAGCGUGAUUGGCUUAGGCCUGGAAAAGAUGGUUUGGGAUCCUCGAUGUACAGGCCGCAGUAGUGCUACCGUUGGAAAAAUAAUGAUAAUAAAUUGCAACAGAUUCGAGGGGAUCCGAAACGCAUCAGCACAUUGAAGGCAGUCGGGCAAUAGACAUUCUCCUUCCUGAUGAGAGCUUCAGGUUUUCUUAAAAUUUGUGACACUUUCACGUGAAAGGAACUACUGUCAAAUGUGAAGUGCUGUAGAACUGUCACAGAUUAUGGAUCAAGGUGGAGGGAUCCUGGAGCUUCACAAGGACUUGAAGAUGCCCCAUACAAUGAUAAUGCCAGAUUUUGGCAUGAGUGGCAUAGCCCACCUUGAUGGUGAGCACAUUGUGGUGUCGGUGCCAGAGGCUGUGAUGGUGUCAGAUGUGGUGACAGAUGAAGAAGGCAUCAUGUUGGAGACUGCCCUAGAAGCUGAAGUUGUAGAAGAGCCUGACAUCUGUCACGAGGACGUCAUCACCACAGAGGGAGUGAUCAUGUCGGAGUCGAUCCUUGGAGCUGAAGUGGCCAUCCAAGAGGCUCUGAGUGGCACUGCGGAUCUGAUUGAAGAAACCGUGCCUGAUCAGGUGUUUGUGGCUGAGCUCAUGUCACCUCACAUUCAAAGCCCACUGGACCACAACCUGGUGUCUGCAGAAGUCAUGGUGACAGACGCGGACACGGUCAUUGACUCGCACGACACCCUGCAGUCUGAUGUCACCAUUAAAGCAGAUGAUGAUGAGGAGGAUGUGAAAAGCACUUCAGAAGACUACCUUAUGAUUUCCUUGGAUGAAGUAGGGGGAAAGCUUGACAUUGAAGACACCUCUUUAAAGAUCAGUGCAGAUGUCGGCCAAGAUGAUGACGGCUCAAAGGAGGAUGAGUUCAGCUCGGAGGUCAUAAAAGUUUACAUCUUUAAAGCAGAUGGAGAUGAAGAUGUGGAAAUAGGCAGCACUGAGGUGGUAGAAGAGAGUGAUUUUCCUGGUAGGCACACUGUGAUGGAGUCAGUGGGUUCAGGAAGGCUGCCCAGAGAGAAGAUGGUCUACAUGGCUGUAAAGGAUGCCAACCAAGAAGAUGAUUUAAACUGUUCGGAGAUGACUGACCAGGUGUAUAUGGAGGUCAUUGUUGGGGAAGAAGAGGCUCCUGCUAUCACAGAAGCUCAGAUGGAGGACUCACCAGUUAACAAGACCAUUGUUCCUGCAGCCUGGGCAACUGCUUAUGGAAGCAGUCUAGAAAGUAAGAAUGGUGCUGCCACUCCCUACCUGCAGAUCACUGACAGCAUCAGCACAAGCCGAGCACUUAAGCAAAAGAUUAAGAAGAGAAGGCGAGGAGAGACACGCCAGUGUCAGACAGCUGUAAUCAUUGGUCCUGAUGGGCAGCCACUGACUGUAUACCCCUGCCACAUCUGUGGCAAGAAAUUCAAAUCACGGGGUUUCCUGAAACGGCACAUGAAGAAUCAUCCGGACCACAUGUUCAAGAAGAAGUACCAGUGCACCGAUUGUGAAUUCACCACCAACAAGAAGGUGAGUUUCCACAACCAUCUGGAAAGCCACAAGCUCAUCAUCAAGAAUGAAAAGAUCCCUGAGUACACCGAGUACACUCGCCGAUAUCAUGAGGCCAGCCCGCUCAGCUCCAACAAGCUCAUUCUGCGAGACAAAGAGCCCAAGCUGCACAAAUGCAAGUAUUGCGAGUACGAGACUGCCGAGCAGGGUCUUUUGAACCGCCAUCUUCUGGCCGUGCAUAGUAAAAACUUUGCACAUGUCUGCGUAGAGUGCGCUAAGGGUUUCCGCCACCCCUCUGAGCUUAAGAAGCACAUGCGGACUCACACGGGAGAGAAACCUUUCCAUUGCCAGCACUGCGAGUUCUCUUGUGCCGACCAGUCCAAUUUAAAGACUCAUAUUAAGAGCAAACAUGGGACGGACCUGCCCUUUAAGUGUGGACAUUGCCCACAGGCGUUUGCGGAUGACAAGGAGCUCCAAAGGCAUGCUGAGAUAUUCCAGGGUCAUAAGACUCACCAGUGUCCCCAUUGUGAACAUAAAAGCACCAAUUCCAGUGAUUUGAAACGUCACAUAAUCUCAGUACACACUAAAGACUUUCCGCACAAGUGCGACGUGUGUGAAAAAGGCUUUCACAGACCCUCUGAACUGAAAAAACAUUCGGAAACCCACAAGGGGAAUAAAGUACACCAGUGCCGGCACUGUGAUUUUAAGACGUUGGACCCCUUCACACUAAGCCGCCAUAUUCUUUCUGUUCAUACUAAGGACUUGCCGUUUAAAUGCAAGCGCUGCAAGCGAGGUUUUAGGCAUCAGAACGAACUUAAAAAACACAUGAAAACACACAGUGGCCGCAAGGUUUACCAAUGCCAAUAUUGCGAGUACAACACUACAGAUGCUUCAGGUUUCAAAAGGCAUGUCAUAUCAAUCCACACUAAAGACUAUCCCCACAGGUGCGAUUACUGCAAGAAGGGUUUCAGGCGGCCAUCAGAAAAGAACCAACAUAUCAUGCGACAUCACAAGGAAACCCUGUUAUAACGAUCUUUAAACUACAAGACAAGAUCUGACGCUGUCAUUUACAUGGUGAAAUUGAAAAAAUCCUUAUUUAAUGGUCUGCUAAUAUGUAAAAAACAUAAAUCAAAUUUGAGGCGGGUAUAA